AUGGAUGUUGCAGCCCUGCGGAACCGCAUCCAGUCCACGCUAGAUGCCAAUGCUGAUAUCAGACGGCAGGCGGAACUUGAUCUGAAAUAUGCCGAGACGCAACCGGGUUUCAUAAAUGCUCUGUUGGAUAUUCUGCAGGGGGAGCAGGUCAACGCCGUCCAACUGUCGGCGGGUGUUUACCUGAAGAACCGUAUCAACCGAGGGUGGUCAACUAUUGAGGAUAGUCCGUUGCGCGCACCUAUUGCAGAGGAGGAGAAACCAGGUUUCCGCGAGCGGCUGAUUCCCGCCUUGGUUUCCACCCCCCCCAACGUCCGCGCUCAGCUCGUUCCUCUACUUCAGAAGAUUCUUCAACAUGACUUCCCCGAACAAUGGCCUGGGUUCCUGGACAUCACAAUGCAGCUGCUCGGCACUAACGAUGCCGGUUCGGUCUAUGCGGGUCUGCAGUGCCUGUUAGCCAUCUGCCGUGUGUACCGAUUUAAAGCGGGGGAUAAACGGGAGGAGUUUGACAAGAUUAUUGAGCACUCAUUCCCUCAGUUGCUCAGCAUAGGAUCGAGGCUCGUGGAUGAGGAGAGUGUAGAGGCGGCCGAGAUGCUCCGCAUCGUGGUGAAAUCAUACAAGCAUGCUAUUUACUUCGAGCUCUCACCUCAUCUUCAAUCGCACCAGGCGACAGUCGACUGGUGCACUUUGUUCCUACGGAUCAUUGCCAAAGAACCUCCGGCAAAUUCUAUGAUGGAAUCCAAGGAGGAGAGAGAACUUGCCCAUUGGUGGAAGUGCAAGAAAUGGGCAUAUGCCAAUCUGAACCGUCUAUUCAUCAGAUACGGAAACCCCACGACCAUUCCCAAGUCCAGUACCCCGGACUACUCUCAGUUUGCCAAGUCGUUCAUUACAACAUUCGCCCCGGAAAUUCUUAAGGGGUACCUACAGGAGAUUGACAAAUACGUUUCCAAGGGUCAAUGGCUGAGCAACCCAGCACUUUCCUACACUUUGAUCUUUUUCGAAGAGUGCGUCAAGCCGAAGUCAAUGUGGGAUCACCUAAAGCCGCACAUGGAGAACCUCAUUGCUCACUUCGUCUUCCCGAUUCUGUGCCAGAGUGACGAGGACAUCGAGUUGUUCGAGACGGACCCGUCUGAAUAUCUCCACCGAAAGUUGAACUACUACGAGGAGGUCUCGGCGCCCGAUGUUGCUGCUACAAACUUCCUGAUUACUCUCACCAAGAACCGGAAGAAGCAGACUUUCUCUAUCCUUACAUUCGUCAACGGUAUUGUUAGUAAGUAUGAGGCUGCUCCGGAUGACCAGAAAUUGCCAAGGGAGAAGGAGGGCGCCCUGCGCAUGAUUGGAUCUCUGGCUUCUGUCAUUCUGGGGAAGAAGAGCCCCAUCGCGGACCAGGUUGAAUACUUUUUCGUACGCCAUGUUUUCCCUGAGUUCCGCAGUCCCCAUGGUUUCCUUCGUGCGCGUGCCUGUGACACGUUGGAGAAAUUUGAGCAGCUCGAUUUCCAGGACCCCAACAAUCUGAUGAUCAUUUACCGGAAUAUCCUCGAAUCCAUGACUGAUUCAGAACUGCCUGUUCGUGUCGAGGCCGCCCUUGCUCUUCAGCCUCUCAUUCGUCACGACGUGAUCCGCACCUCUAUGCAGCAGAAUAUCCCGCAGAUCAUGCAGCAACUUCUCAAGCUUGCCAAUGAGGUUGAUGUUGAUGCUUUGGCUAAUGUUAUGGAAGAUUUCGUCGAGGUUUUCUCUGCGGAGCUGACUCCUUUCGCCGUUGCUCUGAGUGAGCAGUUGCGUGACACAUACAUGCGUAUCGUUGGUGAGCUCCUGGAGAGAAACGCAGCCAAGGGCGAGGAGGACACGUACGGCGAUUUCCUGGACGACAAGAGUAUCACCGCUCUUGGUGUUUUGCAGACAAUUGGCACAUUGAUUCUUACUCUAGAGAGCACGCCCGACGUGCUUUUGCACCUCGAAACAGUCCUUAUGCCUGUCAUUAGCAUCACCCUUGAGAACAAGCUUUACGACCUCUACAAUGAAGUAUUUGAGAUCAUCGACAGCUGCACAUUCGCCUCGAAGUCUAUUUCUCCGACCAUGUGGCAGGCUUUUGAGCUCAUCCACAAGACCUUCAAGGCGGGAGCUGAGCUGUACCUGGAGGACAUGCUGCCCGCGCUCGACAACUACGUGGCGUACGGUUCUCAGACGCUUGUUCAAAAUCCUGCCUACCUCGCAGCCAUCGUGGGUAUGGUCGAAGAUAUUUUCAAUGAUGAGAAAGUGGGCGGCGUAGACAGGAUCUGUGGUUGCAAGCUUGCCGAGACUGUCAUGCUAAACCUGCGCGGCUAUGUUGACCAAUACAUCCCUGUCUUUAUCGAGCUUGCGAUGCGUGUCAUCGAUGCUGGAGAAGCGCGUACCAAAUCUUACCGUCUCCAUCUGAUGGAGAUGGUCAUCAACGCCAUAUAUUACAACCCAGUUCUCAGUCUCCAAGUCCUAGAGGCCAAGGGGUGGACCAACAAGUUCUUCAGCGCCUGGUUCUCUAGCAUUGACAGCUUCAGACGUGUUCACGACAAGACACUGUCCAUUGUCGCCAUCACCUCGCUGCUCACUUUGAACCCUGCCGACGUGCCAACUAGCGUUCAACAAGGUUGGCCAAGGUUGCUUCAGGGAGUUACCAGACUGUUCCACACAUUGCCCGCCGCUAUUCAGAAUCGACAAGAGGCGACAAAGGAGUCGGACUUCCAAUACGAAGAGGAAGACGAGGAUGAUGAAGGUAACGACUGGGAGGGCGAAGUGGAAUGGACUGAGGGUGAUGAUGAGGCUGGUCCCGAGGGCGAUAUUCCCGACGAGAGUGCUGCUUACCUGGACUUCCUGAACAAAGAGGCGGCAAAAUUCGGCUCUUUCGCUGGGGACGACGAUGACGACGAGCUUGAUGAGGAGAGUUUACUUGAGACUCCUCUCGACAAGGUUGAACCAUAUGGGCUGUUCAAGCAGGUGUUCAUGAACCUCCAACAACAACAACCUCAGCUCUACGAAAAUCUGACGAAUAUUCUAAACGACGAAGAGAAGAAGAUCAUCGAGUCUGUGUUCCAUGAAGCCGACGCAAAGGCUCUGGCCGCGGCCAAUGAAGAAGCUGCCAAAGCGGCUGCCCUCCAAGCUAACGGGAAUCAAUAG